UCUAAACCCAGAAGCACCAUAAGGCACCAUAAGGUUAGUAUCAUCCGUUUCGACCGUACUAUCUAAACAGUCAAUAGACCAAUUCCAAUCAAUCACUGCUUAUAUUACUUUGAUUCAAGGGCAUCAAAGUCAUUCACCUUUGAACCAAAUAUAUGUUAUUGUAUGAUGAACCUGCAUGGACCGUUUGAGAUUGAUGUCUUCAAAAAAGGUGAAGCCAUUAUGCACCAUUAGGCAUUUCCUUUAGUACAAUAAUGUAAAUAGCAUAAUAAUGCCGGGUUACAGUUUACAGCUAAUCUUAUUUUUGAAGUGUCAACGGAGUAUAUAAUCUGGGGUUCAUCGUAAGACUACACAUUUGAAGGAGGACAGUGGCCUUGGUUGGAGAGGUGAGACAAAAAGUAGCCCUGAGCAAGGACCUAACUGUUUUUGAGGGACUUUUAGCUCUGAGCAUGGAUGCGACCAAAAUCUCAAACUUCAGCAUCGAUCGCAUUUUAGGCACUGAAGUGGGACCUUCUUAUCCAACUGGAGCCGAAUCUUUACAACAUUUUGGAUGUUUGUCUGGGAUCUUCCUCCAUGGACACUCAAAUCGACAUAAUGGAAACUGGAAAUAUGGGUCUCAGCCUCUGUGCACUUACUUGGACCAAGGUGGAAUCCAAAGAAAUCGGGGCAGAAUGCGCACUGUGUUCACCAACAGCCAGACCAAACAACUGGAACAGCUGUUCGAACAAACGGAUUACCCCGGCGUGGAAGGACGGGCAGAACUAGCCAGGAACGCGUGCCUCGCGGAGGAAACAGUUAGGGUAUGGUUCAAAAACCGUCGUGCGCGCCUAAAGAGGCAGAAGAGCGGCACCAAGGCCAAAUCCCCAGACUUGGCUACGUCGAAGAGAGACUGGCCGACAGUCUACAACAACCGCAGGUUCAUGGGAAACAGCUUAUCACGACUGCUCUGAUGAUAAUAAGAACAUAUGCUUUCUUUACACUAAUUUAUGUUCACUUGAGUUCAUAGGCCUUUAGGCCUACUCACCAUGCGUAAAUAUCCCCAGAUAGCAAUUCAUUGGUGGGCAUUUAAUUUAAAAAGUAAAUUCAAUUUUUAGACCUGCAAUAAAUGCACAUUUGAGCAA